GGGAUGCUGUUAAAACUACUUUUUCAGUAGCCCAAGAUGAUACACGAAACUAUGAGCUACAAAUAGCUUCGGUUUCCACUAAACAAAAUAGAGCUCCUCUUCAUGGCUACUACAGCAAUAUGAAGAAAAUAUGGCAAGAGCUUGACAUAUUGGAUCCUCUCAGACUCAAGGAUGCCGAUUCUAUCACCUACAUGGCUAAUAGGGUCACCAAGCACCGUGUCUAUUUCUUUUUGGCCGGGCUAGACCAUCACCUUGAUGGAGUUCGGAGUAGAAUUCUAAACACAAAGCCAUUGCCUUCUAUAGAAGAGGUUUAUUCUCAAGUCAGUGCUGAGCAUAAUAGACUCCAAAAGAUGAUGUCUGACACAAAGCAUGAGGGAUCAGCCAUGAUUGCUCAAUACCGGCCACCACAUGUUUGUAGCUCCCAGCCUUCUUCAUCUACACCUCCGUUGAAAUCACCCUCUCAAGACCCAUGAAAUGCACUCAUUGCAAAUCAACUAGUCAUAUGAUAGAGACUUGUUUCUACUUGAUUGGCUUUCCUGACUGGUGGGAUGAUCACAUUGCCAAUCGCAAGGAGGCCCAAGCAAAAGGAGUACGAGAGAAAGCGAACUCAUUCCAACCCCAUGGAAACAAGAACCCAAAGAGCUACCAGCCCAAAGGCAAACCUCAGGCCUCUCUCCAGAUUACUUCGCCACACUCGCGUUCAAGUACAACUAUUGUCGAACCCAGUCAUGGUGAUCACUCUGGUAACUCCACUUUUACCUUCAUGACCACUUCAGGGUAUUGAGAAGGGGGGAUUGUACUAUAUGGAGAUGACAACUGCUGGUAAUCUUCGUGCGAGUGAAGCACAUCAGAUUAAGAAAAAA